CUACAGUGCUAAAUGGCAAGAUCUCAAAUGAAUAGAGUGGAAAAAGUUUAUUCAUAACAGAGUCAGAUCUAGCAGGCUGGAGAUUUAGCAAUGGAUAGUGUUAAAACUGAUGAGGAUAAUCAAAGGGGCAUUAAUGAUGGCGAUUGGGUAUGCCCCGAUUCUCAGUGUGGGAAUAUCAACUUUGCAAGGCGAAACUCGUGCAAUCGUUGUGGAAAGGAUAGAGCCGAAUAUUCGAAGAAGAAAAAGCUUGGUCAAGAAAUAGGCAAAGUGGCUGCUGAAAAAAGUCGUGGAUUAUUUAGCGCUGACGAUUGGCAAUGUAGCAAGUGUGGAAAUGUUAAUUGGGCAAGACGACAGCAAUGCAACAUGUGCAAUGCUCCUAAAUUUGGAGAAGUUGAAGAAAGAACUGGAUAUGGAGGUGGUUAUAACGAUAGAGGAGUUGUAGAAUAUAAAGAACGACGAGAUGAUGAUGACGAUGAAUAUGAUGAAUUUGGAAGACGUAAAAAAAAGCGAAAAAUCGAUCGCUCUGAUGAUGACUCUAAAGAUUCCAGAUAUAACAGUCCUACCAGAAAUAAUUUAAAAGAUUCCAAUAAUAAAAUUGUCCCUACUGAAGAUCCAGAUGUAGAUCCGGAUAAAUUAAAAAAUGAUUGUGAUAAUGAUGGAGAAGAAGAUGAAGAAGACGAUGACGAUGAUGAAGAUGGUGAUCUAUCAAAGUAUGAUUUAAGUGAAUGGGAUGAUUUUGUUCCAGAAAAAAAGAGGUGAAAAAAACGCAAAAAUUACCUACAUUCGAAUUCGUGAUAAUGAUGUGUGAAAAAUCAUCCAGCUUGAUACUUAUUACAUUACUAUUAAACAAAAAAAAAUUAAAAUUUCAAAUAAUUAUAUAUAUAUAUAUAUAUAUAUAUAUAUAUUUAAUUGCCAAAAAUAAGAAAAUUUGAUUUUUUGACGAUUGUCUGUAAACUGUAGAUUAACAAAGUAUUAAAAUAAGUUAAAUACUACAUAAUUUAUACGUUCAUUUUGCCAUUAUUUAUGUGAUAUUAUUAUGCGAGAUUGAAAAAAAAAUUGAUGAAAAUAAUUUUGAAAUAUUUAAAAAGAAAUUUAAAUGGACAUUUUUGGUGUACAAAUAAUGGCAAUGUGCUUUUCUCUUCUAACAUUAAUUAAUAAAAAAGAAAAUUUAUAACGUAAUUCUAGAUUUUUUUGCUCAGAUUUGAAAAACAAAAGUAAAAAAAGCUAAAAAGUUUUACAUUAUGUAAUCGAGUAUUUUUCUCAAAGAGAAAGGAAACUAUAAAAAAAAUUAUUAAUGCACUUUUACACAAGUUAUUAUGUGACAUUAUACAGAACAAAACACGUGGAAAGAAAUAUUUGUUAAUCAUUUUUCGUAUUGUUUUUGAUUAAUUAAAUAUUCAAUGUUAUUAGUUUACUGUAAUAUAUUGCUGAGUUUGUGGUAGGAUCAAUGAUUCGAUUAGGUUUAUUUCUACAUUUACUACAAUCAAUAACAUCUGCUGGAGCGGUUCCAUGCACUGACUUCUUGUAAAUAUCUUUAUUUCAUUUAUAAUAAAAAUCAUUCAUCAACAA